CCCCGGCCCCGCUCUGACAGAGCCGCAGCGCUGCGCCCCCUCCCCGCGCCGCUCCCGCCCGCGGACACGCACCCCCGGCUCUCCCAGGGAUUUAUAUCUGGGUGAAUGUCAGGGACCCCCACACAUACUGAGUCAGAGAACAAGGGAAAGGAACUGAUGCUCUUUAUCUGUGAUUUCUGAGUAAAGAUGAAUUUAGCAGAGAUUUGUGAUAAUGCCAAAAAAGGAAGAGAAUAUGCACUCCUUGGGAACUAUGACUCUUCUAUGGUAUAUUACCAGGGUGUCAUCCAGCAAAUCCAGAGACAUUGCCAGUCGAUCAGAGAUCCAGCAAUUAAGGGCAAAUGGCAACAGGUCCGACAAGAAUUAGUUGAAGAAUAUGAACAAGUUAAGAGCAUUGUCAAUACUUUGGAGAGUUUUAAAAUGGACAGACCUCCAGAUAUCUCUGUAUGCUGUCAAGAUGAGCCUUUCAGAGAUCCAGCUGUCUGGCCUCCUCCUGUUCCAGCUGAACACAGGGCUCCACCUCAGAUAAAACGUCCCAACCGAGAUGGGAAAUCUUUGAAGAAAGACUCCCCAGGACUUCAGCCCCGCGGGCCCAUGGGCAGAGCACACGUGGUGUCCAAGGGGGAGAAAUCUUCAGGCAGCCGUGAAAGGGAGUCCAGAGCCAGAGGAAGAGAUGACAAGGGAAAGAAAAUACCCCAGGAAUUUGGUGAUGGGGAAAUUCCAAAAUUUGAUGGAGCAGGUUACGACAAAGACCUGAUCGAAGCUCUUGAAAGAGACAUUGUGUCAAGGAAUCCAAGCAUUCACUGGGAUGACAUAGCGGAUUUGGAAGAAGCCAAGAAAUUAUUAAGAGAAGCUGUUGUUCUUCCAAUGUGGAUGCCUGACUUUUUCAAAGGGAUCAGAAGACCUUGGAAGGGUGUGCUGAUGGUUGGUCCUCCUGGCACUGGCAAAACAAUGCUAGCAAAAGCUGUUGCUACAGAAUGUGGGACAACAUUCUUCAACGUGUCUUCCUCCACACUGACGUCUAAAUACAGAGGCGAGUCUGAGAAGCUGGUCCGCCUCUUGUUUGAAAUGGGUGACUUGAAAGCUCAUAUUAAAGAGAUACAGACUCCACAAGAAGCAGAUAAUGGAGAUUUGUGCAGUUUUAUGCAGGUUCAUUGUGGUAAGCUCAGGAUAGGAAAGCUUUUGAUCUCUUUGCAGUCCUCACUUGGGGUAGGUGGUGCUCUGGAGAACGAUGACCCUUCCAAGAUGGUUAUGGUAUUAUCUGCUACAAAUUUUCCCUGGGAUAUUGAUGAAGCUCUCCGACGGAGACUGGAGAAGAGGAUCUAUAUACCUUUGCCCACAGCAAAAGGCAGAGCAGAACUACUGAAGAUUAAUCUUCGGGAAGUAGAACUAGAUCCUGAUAUCAGCCUUGAAGAAAUUGCUGAGAAGAUUGAAGGCUAUUCUGGUGCUGACAUCACUAAUGUUUGCAGGGAUGCAUCUUUAAUGGCAAUGAGAAGACGUAUUAAUGGCUUAACUCCAGAAGAGAUUCGUGCACUUUCUAAAGAAGAGCUUCAGAUGCCGGUUACCAAGGGGGACUUUGAGCUGGCUCUGAAGAAAAUCUCCAAAUCUGUUUCUGCUGCAGACCUGGAGAAGUAUGAAAAAUGGAUGGCAGAGUUUGGAUCUGCUUAAUCUCAGUGACAGCUUUCCUUUGCUGGAGUUUUAUGGUUUUUGUUGUUCUCACUUUCAAAAUGAGUUAGAAAUCUUUUUAAAGGUUUAAUAAAAGGUCUGCCUCUGCCCUCAUCCCACCCCUUUCUGGUGACAGGAUGUUUUAAGCUAUUUGCCUUUAAAGGGAAUGAACACAAUAAUGAGCUGAUACUGUAAAAGAUAUUUUAUCUCUGAAGCAGAAAAAUAAGACAAACAGGAAGGGAAAAAUCAUACUUCUGAGGGUAGUCUUUUUAUUUUUCAAAUCAAGAGCAGUGUUACUUAACUUCCUCUUAGUCAUUUUUUAUGGCUGGAGUCAAUAAAUCAGCUGGGGGAUGUGACUCCAGAGGAACAGACAAGGGCUUGCUGUACCCUCCCUGCUCUUAAGUGCUGCUUCUGCCUCCCUUGAAUGUGGCAUCCAAGUUAUUAUUCUUUCUCUCUGUGCUCAGAUAUUCAGAGCAAAGCCUGUGGAUUAAUUGGCAUUACACAGAGGAAAUGAGGAUCAGUUUUCCAUCAAGACAUGGGCCUGACUCUCCUCUCAUGUACUCCCAUUUGGAAUUAAUGUCACUUCAGGCUGUUAUCAGUGUUACCUGCAAUGAUUUCUGAAUGGGAAUGAGAGGGAAAGAAAAAGGCAUGGAUUGUUCUCAGUCCGGUUUAUGCUUGUUCUCUGAACAUAGUUUGAACCUGUUUGACAAGUAGGCACUUUGACUUAGGUUAUAACUUGCACUUUUAUGCUUGUGUAUCAUCUUGUGCUUUGUCUGUGCUAUCUAAAUGUAAUUGUUAUUACUAUUAUUAUUAUUAUUAUUAUUUUAGUAUUAAGAGUUUAAUAAAGACACUAAUUUAAAGGCUGUAUUUAAAACACAAUGCUGUCCUUAGAACAAAUGGCUGUGAACUUUCACUUCUGAUUAGAUACUAAUUUCUUCCUAGCAUUACUAGGCAAUGGGACUUUUACCUUUUUAUGUUGUAGAACUGUUCAUGCUUUUUUUUUUUUUUUGAUGAAGAUUUCUUAAAAAUGUAUAAAUGUUACUGGUUUAAUAAUAUUUAUAAAAUAA